AUGUGCAAUGCCGAUAAUAAUAAUGAAAUUCGCGCGUCGCCUGAAGCGCGAAUGGUCGACAAGUACUCCGCACACUACAUCCUGAGGUCUGGACUGGCUGGAGGUAUUGCGGGCUCGUGUGCCAAAACACUAAUAGCACCCUUGGAUAGGAUCAAAAUACUGUUUCAAACCUCGAACCCGCACUAUCUGAAAUACUCAGGGUCAAUGCUAGGUCUUGUCCAAGCAGGGUUUCACAUUAACGCGCGGGAUGGCAUCAGAGGCUUCUACCAAGGGCAUUCGGCUACACUUAUCCGGAUAUUUCCUUACGCAGCAAUUAAAUUCAUUGCAUAUGAACAGAUCAGAAAUGUUAUGAUACCGUCAAAGGAAUACGAGACACAUGCGCGCAGACUGGCCAGCGGCUCUCUAGCAGGGCUCUGCAGCGUGUUCAUGACAUAUCCGCUAGACCUUAUUCGAGUCAGGCUUGCAUAUGUGACGGACCACAGGAGGAUUAGGAUGUUGCCUAUCAUCAAACAAAUAUACACCGAGCGGGCUUCGGAGUCGUUGACAUCAAAACCUUUUGUUCCACAGUGGUUUGCGCAUUGGUGCAACUUCUAUCGGGGGUUCACUCCCACCGUUUUGGGUAUGAUUCCGUAUGCGGGAGUCUCUUUUUUUGCACACGACCUAUGCGGUGACAUCUUGAGGAGCUCAGUGCUUGCUCCGUACUCUGUACUGCAUGUGUCAAAUGAAGAGCUGAGUAUGCGCUCGAAAAAACAAAACAACAGGCCUCUCAAAACAUGGGCGGAACUAGUGGCAGGUGGUCUUGCUGGGAUGGCAUCUCAAACUGCUUCUUACCCUUUUGAGAUCAUAAGAAGAAGGCUUCAAGUCAGCGUUGUUUCCCCUACAUCCAUUCACGAAUUCCAGUCGAUACCAGAUAUGAUACGGGUCAUAUACAAGGAGCGCGGGUGGAGGGGGUUUUUCGUGGGUCUAAGUAUAGGCUACAUCAAGGUUACUCCUAUGGUUGCUUGUAGCUUCUUCGUCUACGAAAGGAUGAAAUGGUACCUUGCCAUAUAA